UCUCUCAUUUCCACACUCACUCACACAACCAAAAAAAGAAAAUUAAAUGAAAGGUUCUAUCUAGGGUUUCUGAAUCUCCACCCAACACUCUAAUGGCUACCAACAAAAUCCACCUCCUGAGGCAAUCAGCUAUGGAAGCUGGAGAUCCUGGAAAAUAUUACAUCAAUCCAUCUGAGAAACUGAUGAGCAAAGCAUCUGAUUGGAAAAUUGUAGAACAUGAAGAUUCUAUUGAGUUAAUUUUCGAUGAUGCUGCUUUUGGGGAUAUUCCUGUUUUUGGCAGAAUAUACAACUAUCAGGCUAUUGGCGAUUCUGAAAACAAGGAUGAUGAGUACGGUUACAUAAUGAAUACUGAUUAUCUUCAUGCUAGGAAAGUUGAUGGUGAGCAGAAGGAUGGCUUUACAAAGUUUUACAUUCCUAAAAUCAAAGUUGAAGAAAACAAGAAGAAGGUUGCUGGAUCGCAGGCUAAGUAGUAGUAAGAGCAAUGGAAGGUGGGUUCUAGAUCUUGGUUUUUAUCAAAAUUUCUUUCUAGUCCUUUUCUACUUCUUCUAGGAUUUCUGUUUCUAGCUAGGGUUUUUCAGAGUUAUGUUGAGAUUGUUAUUUUGAUCAUCAGUGGGCUUAAUGAUGAAUAUCUAAUAUCUGAUGUUGUAAUGAA